ACCCGCGGGGCGCCAUUUUGAUCUCGGUGAGGGGAGGAGCGAUUUCGAGCGGGCGGGGUCUGAUCUCCGGGAUCCAGAGGAGGCGGAGUUGACUGAGGCAAGAUCGGGUUUCAGGUGUAGGCGUCCCUCACCGAUUAGGUACUUGGAAGACAAAUACGAGAAAUACAGUCCUGUCUUCAAAGAGAUCACAGUCUAAGGGACAGAAACAAAGCAAACAGAUGACCACAGAAAGAAGAUGUCUUGUGCUGAGUAUUCUUUUCAUGUGCCAAGUCUAGAGGAGCUUGUUGGAGUUCUGCAGAAGGGGCUAGCGGAUAACUUUGCUGAUGUCCAGGUCUCUGUAGUUGAUUGCCCUAAUUUGACCAAGGAGCCAUUUACCUUUCCCGUAAAAGGUAUCUGUGGGAAAACUAGAAUUGCAGAAGUAGGAGGUGUGCCUUACUUAUUGCCUCUUAUAAAUAAAAAAAAAGUUUAUGAUCUAAAUAAAAUCGCAAAAGAAAUCCAGCUUCCUGGAGCUUUUGUUCUUGGAGCAGGAGCAGGCCCAUUUCAGACUCUUGGAUUCAAUUCUGAGUUUAUGCCAGUUGUUCAAACAGAAAGUGAACACAAACCUCCUGUGAAUGGAAGUUACUUUGCUCAUGUUAACUCUGCAGAUGGAGGGUGCCUACUUGAGAAAUACAGUGAGAAAUAUCAUGAUUUUGGGUUUGCAUUACUGGCUAAUCUUUUUGCCAGUGAAGGCCAACCUGGAAAGGUCAUUGAGGUGAAAGCCAAAAGAAGAACUGGAAAACUUAACUUUGUGACUUGUAUGAGACAGACUCUUGAAAAACAUUAUGGAGAUAAGCCUGUAGGAAUGGGAGGUACUUUCGUGAUUCAGAAGGGAAAAGUGAAGACUCAUAUUAUGCCAGCAGAAUUUUCUUCCUGCCCAUUGAACUCUGAUGAAGACGUGAAUAAAUGGUUAUGUUUUUAUGAGAUGAAGGCUCCUUUGGUUUGUCUGCCAGUUUUUGUCUCCAGAGACCCAGGGUUUGAUUUGCGGUUGGAGCACACUCAUUGUUUUAGUCAUCAUGGAGAAGGUGGACACUACCAUUAUGACACCACCCCAGAUAUAGUGGAAUAUCUUGGAUACUUCUUACCUGCAGAGUUUCUCUAUCGCAUUGAUCAACCAACAGAAACCCAUUCAUUUGGGCGAGAUUAAAUCAACUGAUACUCGUUUGACUGAUUAACUCAUUAAUUGAUACUAAUAUAAAGCCUAAUAGAAAUGAUCUCACUACUUAAUAAGCCCUAUUUUUUUCGGCCUUUCAAAUGAAAGGUAUGUCGACACUGUGCUCUGUAUUACUUCACAGAUCUAUCUGAAAGGGAUUAUUGGGAACAAAGACCCAUGAUGGAGAUGUUCUUCAUUCUUUUUAUUCUAAAAAUCAGUCUUGGGCUUCCCUGAUGGCACAGUGGUUGAGAGUCCGCCUGCCGAUGCAGGGGACACGGGUUCGUGCCCUGGUCCAGGAAGAUCCCACAUGCCGCGGAGCAGCUAGGCCCGUGAGCCAUGGCCACUGAGCCUGUGCAUCUGGAGCCUGUGCUCCGCAACGGGAGAAGCCACAACAGUGCGAGAGGCCCGCAUACCGCAAAAAAAAAAAAAAAAAAAAAAAAUCAGUCUUAUGUUUAUAAUUAAAUAUAAACAGGAUUAAGAAUCAAGUGAUGAUUCCUACUAGCUAAUGGCAAUAAUUUACAUUUGUAUAUUCAGUUUUUCAAGUUGGUCUUACAACUGCUAAGUGGAUUUUUCUGGGUAUUAGAAAAAUCAGUGCUGGAAAUGUUGAUAGUUGUUAAAUCUUUCUACUGAAUUUUUAAAAUCCAUUUUAGAAGUCAAAGUACACUUUUUUCAUGGAAUAAGAUGGUCAGAGGGAGCAACUUUACUCCUUUUAGUGAUGUUGAACCAUACUCUGAAGUUUGCAAUUUGUCUUUAACAAAUAUUAGCAACCAGACGGUUAGCCAUGAUUCCUCCUUUGUUUGGACUGUCAAUUGGAAGCAGUUUGUGCCUUGUUGGUUAUUUGUGAGAAGUGAAAAGAAACAACAUCAAAAUACAACCUCGAAGUGAGUAUACUUUAAUUUAUAAAUGAGGCUAUUGCCAAAUAUGACUACUAUCCUUCAUGAAAUGUAAAAUUAUACCUUUACCAAUUGUAAUGAUUGAAAUUUUCCUCAGUGUUUUUCUAUAAUAAUCAUAAGCCAAAAACAACUCUCUAAUCUUGUAAUGCCAACACUGAUUUAGGAGCUUUUUAGUACUAAGCAUAUAAUAAAUUGUCAAGAAAUAUUUUUUGUCUUUGGAUGUUAACUAUAACAUGU